UAAAAAAUGACAAAUACUUUUAGAAAUGAAAAACAAGGAUACUUUCAAAAAAGAUGUGCUGGACCAGCAUAAUAAAUAUAGGAGAAAUCACGGAGUUCCUGAAUUAAAAUGGUCAUACUUACUAGAAGGAAACGCACAUAAAUGGGCAAAAAAGUGCUUAAAGCGUUUGUUAUUUGAUUACGACGAACAAACUCAGGAAGGGGAGAACAUUGCUGUAAUGAAAGAUAUUGAAGUUUCUGGAACCACAGUGGUAGACUACUGGUAUAAAGAAAUAAAUAACUAUGACUUCAGUAACGACGGUUUAGCGCAGAAAACUGGAUGCUUUACACAACUGGUUUGGAAAAGUACUAUCAAAGUAGGGGUUGCAAGAGUGUCAACUUCAAAUGGGACGCAAUUUAUAGUCGCUCGAUACUUUCCACCUGGUAAUAACUUAAGAAAAGUUAGCCAAAAUGUUCUACCUCCUACAAUACGACAUAUGUCAAUAAGUAGAUAUGAUGGAGACGAUAGACGAUUAAGUAUGCGUCCUAAUUUAGCAGUGAUUUCACCUGAUAGUCCUGUUAAUGUGUCUUCUUUGCGAAGAGCUUCGAGCAUGGGUUCCAGUUUACCAAAAGCUUCUGGACCCAUACAAUCUGAUGGUGUUUUUCGUGAUGAAUUACUUACGUCACAUAACUUAUACAGAAGUCGGCAUAAUGCUAAGCCACUUUCAUUAAGCAGUGGAUUGACACUAAAAGCUCAGCAGGUUGCCGAGACUAUUGCUAAAAAUGAAGUUUUGACUGAUUUUGAUAAUGUUGGUCGAAAUAUACUGGCUUGUACUAAAGGAAUUACAGGAAAUGAAGCUUCCUCCAUUUGGUAUAACGAAGAGAAUGAUUUCAAUUAUAAUAACAAGAGUUUCUCAAUGAAAACAGGAAGCUUUACUCAAAUGAUAUGGAAAGAAACUAAAGAAAUUGGCGUAGGUCGAGCAAUAGAUGACAGAGGUUGCACUCAUGUUGUGUGCCUAUACAAACCUGCCGGAAAUAUUAGAGCAUUAUUUGAAGAAAAUAUUGGCUUACCUAAUGGUCCACCUCCAAAAUUUAUUUAUUGAACAUUAUUGAAAGAAAUAUGAAUUUAUUUUAGUUUGAUUCAUGAUUUAAA